AUUUGUCCCGAAUUCCCAGAAUAGAAAACCACGAUCGAUAUCAUACUGAAACGUCGAAAAUUUCUGCAUCUGUGGGCCCGAACACCGAAUCUUUUAAGCACCUAGCGACGUCUCUGCCAAUGUGGCUUUGCUCUGAAAUAAACAAACUUAUUUCCAUGAGUUUCACAUUGCACAGAAAUAUGUCAGGUAACGAUGAACAAUGACGUAAAGCAUAUGACAUGCGCAGUGAGAGCUACUUGUUUGAUAUCUUUACUGUGUUAAUAAUAAUAGUAUUAUGUUGUGUAACUGUUAAUUUAACACAAAUGUUUAUGAAUUAAAUGGACAAUUUGUUAUAAUUUUAUGCGAGUCAAGAACAACAAAAGAGAAAUGGACGAUCGAGAACAGAACAGGCCUACAACAAACAGAAGAAGAAAUGAAAAUGCGGAUCCUAACGGUGCUAAUACUAUGAUUUGUAAUUGUACUUCGUAUUGCUACUUUACCUUGGCCAUCGUUUUGUUUACGGUGGGGUCCGUUAUUACAAUACUGGCCCUAGAUGAUAGUGAUAAUAUGUUUUCGAGUUUGGGACACAUGUGGCUUGUUGGGCCAAUUUUUAUCAGCUCAGGGUUAAUGGUUGCCGUGAAAACAAUUAUCUAUCUUCGUAGGGAAACAAUGCUUACAUUUUUAGCAAGGCAGCGUUCAUUCCUUCGGGUGUCCCAUGACUGGAUGAAAGCUUCCACUGCUGCAAGAAUUUUUCUAAGUGUAGGAAGUCAGCUUCAGUCAACUUACCUGCUAGUUGCUUACAGUAUUGAGAAGGAAAAACUAACAGAGUUGUUAGGUGACAGACCAUUAGUCAUUAUUACUGAUGAGAUCACUGUUGUGAAAGGUAGUUUUCCACUGAAAAUCAUUAUAGCUUCAUGAAAAGGAUGACAAUGUGGCCUAUCUAGUACUCUAGAUACUGUGUUUGUUACAGCAGGUUAUUGUCAUUAUAUAUAACAGAAUUAUGGCAUUGAGUUUAAUAUAACAUUGUAUAUGACACUGAUAAUGCUGCCUUUAUGAAGAAGCCAUACAAAGAUUGGGAUUGUUAUAAAUGUGUUCAUGUGAAGUAUGUUGCAUAGUUUGAAUAUUUUGAACUGCAUUGAUUUACAUCAACAACUCUGUGGAAUUUUUCUCUGCUAUGUUAGCAAAGAAAUCUAGAUAUCUUGGGUAUUUAUUAAGAAAGGGCCAAACACCAAUGAUAACACACUUCAUGCCUAUAAGAUGAAACUUGUGGUUUAACAUAUUAAGCAUAACAAGGAGCACUGCCACCUGCUUAACACCUCUUAAUGUCGAAAUGAACACCUCCAAAGUUUUAUAUAUCUUUGUGACUUGUUAAAGGAUGACAGUGUAUGCAUUGAUUUACAAUCUUAACUUACAUUGAACCAGAAAAAAAAUAUGGAAAUAAGUUUCUAUUCUGUUAUUUGCUUUUAAAGGCUUUCCAUUUGAUUAAACCACCAGCAAAGUGAUGACUCUUGAGGCCCUUUGUUCUUUUCUGCACUUUGUAGACAUGUAUGACGUACCUCUGACAAGCAAGAAAGAUUUUAUUACUAGCUACUAGACUACUUUUAAGGCAAGAUCUGACAAAGUCAUAAAGUUUGUUAAAGAAGAUGGACAGCUCAGUUUGAUUUCUGGAAGUAUGUUCAGAUAUUCAUCUAAAGUAAUUUUCUUCUAUCACAAGCAUAGCACUUACUGUAUCCAUUUUGGAUAUGAUGAUGAUGUUUUGGUAGAAGAGUUUAGGCUCUACACUGAGCAAUUAGUGCAUAAUUUCUAUCAAGAAAAAUGCAAGGCUAGCAAAUAUUUAAUCAUUUUUGAUAUCAGUGCAAAACAAAAUAACUAAGUUUUUACAAACUAAUAACUAGAUACAAAAAUGCAGUCAUCAGUGUUGCAGAUACUGAAAAAGUUUCAGUCUGUAUAAUUUGAUUGUUUGUAGAGGAUACUGAAAUUUCUCCCAGAAAAAUUCAGAUAACUGGUCUAAUCUAACUACAAUCAGUCUGUUCUUCUUGACAAGGGAUUGGACCUAAAUCCUGAAUUGCUUUAUUGUUUCUAUUAAUUAACAUUCUUGUAAUAUUUGUGGUGAAAUAAAAUAGAUUGUGUUGUAA